AUGUUUCCUCUUGUACGACGAAAAAUCAUUGCUCUUCCCCCUUCCCUUCAAAAACGCUCCUAUGUUGUGGCUACGUCGCUUGGAGCCGCAGCGUCUAUUCCCCGUCGCUUAGACGCUUCUCUCGGUCACGCCAAUCGUGCCAGGUAUAACAUGCAAAUUAUGGCAGCAUCUGAGGCCCGCCGCCUGGCCGAGUGUCUCGUUAUCGCUGCGCAGAUGAAGGAAAACCAUCUGAAACCGGAUAUUUCGACAUAUAACGCUCUUAUGAGUGCCGUCUCUCGCGAUGGUAAUUGGCUCCAAGCGUGGGCCAUUCUAGACGACAUGUUCCUCGCGCAGCGUCAAAGAAGUUCUGCAUAUAUGUGGAAUGUCCUAGAUAAAAUGGACCAAACUGGGGUUCCCCCGAACGCUGCAACGUGCACUCAUAUCAUCCGUCGUUUUGUCAACGACGAAAAUUUGGAAAUGGCUCUGCAAUACCUCUUUACCAUGCAAUCCCAUGGCCUCGUUCCUGAACUCACCGCCGCUGAACACGUUAUUACUCUGGCGGCACAAUGUAACCAACCUAGACUAGCUAUCGAUCUUGUAAAUUGGUUCGAGAACAUAUCUCCUCAACGUGUUGGUCCUAGUGUGUGGAUGGCAUGCUUAACUUCAUCGGCCGAGUGCAUGUAUGUCCAGGGCGUCUCUGAAUGUUGGAAGGUCGUUCAUCACAUGAAUGUACUCCCUGACGAAGGGCUUUGCGUAUCGAUUCUUCAUACAGCCGCCCGGCGUGGUCGGCCGAACCUUGCAACCGACGUCCUUAGAACCCUGAAAGUCCAGGAAAUUCCCUGGAAAGAACACCACUUCGCGUCGCUCGUUGAAGCCUUUACCCGCAAUAAACAAAUCAAGGAAGCGUUUCUUGCUCUGGGCAUGAUGCGAUCCCACGAAGUCAAUCCUAUUGACAGCACAUCCGCUACGAUUUUGGACGCAGUCAAAAUUAACGCUGAAUCUGUCGACAUUGCAUGUCUAAUCAUUGAUGAGAUAUACGAGGAGAAGAAAUCAGUUGAUCUUGCCGCUUUGAAGGUUCUGAUUCAAGCGGCGGUUCAUCUUGGAGAUCUCCAACGUGCUUUGGGGACCUACAGAAGUCUCCCAGACUACAAUGCUGUCCCCGAUAUAUCGAUUUUCAACACACUCCUUGAUGGAUGUAUUAAAACCCAGCAUCGCCAGGUUGCGGAUUCGCUUCUCGUGGACCUGAAAGAAGCGAAUUUAAAACCAAAUCAGAACACAUACGAGAAGAUAAUAUACCUUUGCCUCGCGCCGGAGACCUACGAAGAUGCCUUCUUCUAUCUUGAAGAGAUGAAGGCUGCAGGACAUCUACCCCCUUGGAAAGUCUACAAAGCGCUGGCAGAGAAGUGCCGGUUGAAUAACGAUGCCCGUUUCGACAUCAUCAUAGAAGAAAUGAAGGAGUUUGGCUAUGACAUUGGGUUUUGGCAAAUACCAGAGGGAAGAGGACCGGAAGUUCACUGAAGUUCAACUUUCUCAACAGUCUCCUGACGACACUCCGAGCAGUCCCUGCAAUGAGACUCCUCGCGAAUCGGUCUGUAUUUGAAACCGUUCAGUAUAUUGUCCUGUUAGUACUACGAGGCUUUUGACGUGAGCCGAACCGGCAGCAGAUGAUUUUACCGCCGCAGUUGAAAAUAGAUACAAUAACCUUUC